AUGGCAUUCAGGAGGCAAGUGAAAAACUUUGUGAAAAAUUACUCCGAUGCUGAAAUAAAAGUCAGGGAAGCAACUUCUAACGACCCUUGGGGUCCCUCUAGUUCUCUGAUGUUAGAUAUCAGUGACUUGACUUUCAACACAAUUUCUCUCUCAGAGAUUAUGAAUAUGCUAUGGCACAGACUCAAUGACCAUGGGAAGAACUGGCGCCAUGUGUAUAAAUCCCUUACGCUAAUGGAUUAUCUCAUCAAGAAUGGAUCAAAGAAAGUUAUUCAGCAUUGCAGAGAGGGGUUCUGUAACCUUCAAACACUGAAAGAUUUUCAGCACAUAGAUGAAGCUGGAAAAGACCAAGGUUACUAUAUCCGGGAAAAAUCUAAGCAAGUCAUCACAUUGCUGAUGGAUGAACAGUUGCUGUGUAAAGAGAGGGAAGUGGCAUGUCGGACUAGGCAGCGUACCUCCUACUCUACGUGGCUUUCUAAAAGAGUAUUUGGUUCAAGUAGCUCACUGAUAGCGUGUGCUUCUGCCCCCACACCAGAUAUUUCUGCUUCAGAGAAGAAGUGUAAGCUUCCUAAGUUUGGAAGGCUACAUAAUAAAAAAAACGUGUGCAAGGCCGGACUGAAACAAGAGCAUUGCCAAGAUACUCAUUAUCCUAUAGAAACUAUGCUGUCCCAGGAAACACUUCCACUCAAGAUUCAGGGUUGGAAAUCAACAGAGGACCUGAUGCUGUUUUCUGAUGAUGAGCCAAAGCAGCUUUUACCAGCAGCACCUCCUUCCAUUGUCUCUCCAGUCACGUGCUUGUCAGAAACAGCAGAAGUUUGUACCCUUUUGGGUGCAGAUGCUGUGCCUACUCUCUCAGGAAAUAGUCCAUCUCUGCAGACAGAUGUGAGUUUGGACAAGAGAUCAGAUGGUACCCUUACAAAUACUGUAACAGAAAACCUCUUGGAAACACCUUUAGAAAAGCAAUCAGCUGCAGAAGGUCUUAAAACAUUGACAAUUUUACCAGCAUAUUGGUCGUCAAGUAAAGAGGAGUUUAUCAGCCCCAACUUAAGGAUAUCAAAGUCAGAUUCUACUUUCCAUAACCAGGCCUCUGUAGAAACACUCUAUCUCUCUCCUUCAUUCAAAAUAUUUGACCCAGUGAAGGAGAUUGUAAUCAACAAGACCUAUCAGAAACCAGCACAAGCCAGUAUUAUUCAGAUGGAUGAUAAAACUUUCAAGACAACCACACAGGUCUCAACUGCCUCAGAGGAAGCAUCUACCUUUUCUCAUUUAUCCAUGUCAUCUACUGAUUUAGCCUCUCCAGAGAAGUCAGCUCAUCUCUUAUCCCCGAUUCUGGCCAGACCUUCCUUCUGGACUUUGUCGCAUCAACAGAUGUCUUCUGCCUCCUUUAAAGAUAAAGAUAAGUCGGCCAAGCUGCAUCACUCCUUUGCUUCUAGGGACCCAGUGUCUUCUGAUGCAGAGGAAAAUGACAACUUCAAUCUACUGGGAAUUCGUCCAAACAACUCUGAUUUUGCUAAAAAGAAUAUAAACCACAUUUCUAGUAGUCACUGGGGAGAGUUUUCCACCCAAAACAUAGACCAGUUCAUCCCUCUUUCCUGUUCUGGUUUUCAGUCAACCAAAGACUUCUCCAGGGAACUUGAAGCAAAGAAUUCCAUGAGUGUUCUUCUAAGGGAGGUAAAAAGUGCUUUAGCGAGAUUACAUGAAGAUCUGAGCACAGUGAUUCAAGAACUUAGUGCCAUCAAUAGCCAUCUGAUGAGCAUGAGUCUGAAUAGUUCACAAACGAGCCAGUCUUCACAGGUCCCCCAAUCUUCUGAGGGGAGCGCAGAUCAAAUCUAA